AAAAUGGCUGAAGAAGGAUUAUCGAAUUCUGAUUGGAUUUUGGUUGAAAAAGAGAAAAAUGAUUUGGAAAAACUUCAAACUAAUUUUGACAAACUUCAAAAAAAUCUUGGUGAAGAGAAGGAAAAGACUGUUAAUUUAGAAACUGAAUUGAAGGAAAUGGAUAAAAAAAUUCUUCAAAUUAAUCUUGAUCACAAAAAUGAACUUGAAGAAAUGAGGCAAUAUUUUCAGAAAUUAAUUGAAGAAAAUAAACAAUUAAAAACUGAAUAUGAUGUUUCUUUAAGGCAGAAAGACGAGAAAAUUAAUUUUUUGGAGGAAGAAAUUAAAAAGAUAGCUUCUGACAAUCAAAAUAAUAUUAGAGAAAUGAGACAAGAUUUUAAAAAAUUAAUUGAAGAAAAUAUUAAACAAGCAAAAGAUGAUUAUGAUGCCUGUUUAAAGAAAAAAGACGAGAAAAUUAAUUUUUUGGAGGAAGAAAUUAAAAUGGUAAAUAAAAAUAUUAAUUAA